AGAUGUCCAGUUUUGAACAAUUUCUCACGAAAACAUCUUCUGCCGUCAUCUAUGCUCAUGUUCUUCAUGACCUUGGAAAGUUCAAGUCAAAAUUUUCCGAUGCAUUCGUGGAACGUGAGUACCUCUCUACUGCUGAUGAGUUGGUGACAAUUGGAAACGGAGGGUUUCAAACCAUAUUGGUUGAGCAAUUUCUUCAGCAUUCUAUUAAAAACAAGGAACACCUCCACAGUAUGUGCUUCAAAUAGGAUUGAGUAACAACUACUACUAAAUGAGUGCCUAAAGUUAAUUAAAGU